GAGUAGAAUGUAAGAGAAUGUAAGAUGAAGUCUUGAAGAAUUUUUUAUUUUUAUUUCGCGAUGUUGAAUAGCCGAUACUUUAACACCUUAAGGAUGAUGCAGUCUUGACGCUGCUUUUGAAAAAAGAACUCAUUUUAAAUGCAAUAAGAGAAGAGACGUUAGUCUAGAAAAGAAGUUGGAAUGAUGAAAAGUAGUUCACUGCUGGAUUUGUAGUAUCAUAAUUAUUAUAGUAUUGCGGUAGUUGGGGCAAAUGACCGAUAUUUGCUUUGAUACAUUUGUAUGUUGAGGUUUUUGGAGCACAUGUGCUGUAAGAACGUGAUCUUACAUAACAGCAUUCACAGAAAAAAGAUAUCAAGUAAAAAGCAGAACCAGACGGUUGUGACACAAGAUGAAUGUGAAUGAAGAAGAAGAACGAAUAAAUGUAAAUUGAGACGAAGAAAUAAGAAGAAAAAAAAUGAUUUUUCACAAGCAUUUAUAGGAACAAGUUGGAUAAUAUAUUUUGUACGUAGUUUGAUCUACUAGAAGACAGGAAGUUGAAGCAAUUUUACAUUUUGUUGAACCUCAUAUUCAAAUAUUAUUCAAGCCUUUGUCUAUAGAAUCGGUUAUUCUUACCAAACUAAAUUUAUAUGCUAACCAUACGUCCUCGGAAGGUCGUCUCUCUAGUGACUUGAGUUUCCGUAUCUAUAUUUCGCUUUACGUACGAAAUACUCUUGUUGACAUGGACUCGCUUGUAAGAGACAUGCAUUAAAGAUGAGUUCAAGAAGGCAAAGAACAUAAAGAGAAAGACAGUAAGGACGACUAAACACUUGACCAACUUUAAAGUCAAGAAGAAGAAGAAGAAAAAGCUAAAUUCUUAAGAAAAUUUUGAAAAAAUGGAGUAAGUGGAAGGGAAAAAGAUAUGAUGAAGAAAUGAGUUCCUCUAAAGAGAUGUCAGGUGAAAAGACACUGAAGAAGCCAAUGAAAUAGAAGUUGAGAAAGGAGACAGUCUUCGAAGAACAAGUUAAAACAAAGUAGCAGAAUGAGUUAAAGAGGAAAAUAAGUCAUCAGUUCAUCGUCUUCAAACGAAGGCCAGCAGUUAAUAAUAUACACAUUCUGGAGGUUGGAGUAGAAAAAAAGGAGGAAAUCUUUUGCAAGAUCUUCUGAUCGUUCAAUGUUUCAGAAGUGUUGAAUUAGAAUCAAGAUUAUAGUCAAGAAAAGCUACUUGAUAAUGCAUCAGUCUGUGGAGUGAUAUGGACUCUCCUAUAUCAUCUUCGUGAAGAAUUUCUGCAGUGGGAGAUAAUAGUCACCGCAUAGCAGUGUCGUGGAUCGCGAAAGUAGAACAAGCACGUGAAACUCGGCUUAUGCAGACUCAAGAAAAAAUAUGAGCAAAUCGUGAAAUCGAUUGUCUCAGUAGUGGUUUCAACGACCAGUAACUACAAAGAAGUGCAAGUUGUGGAAGAGGAAGAAGUGAGUGAUAACCAUGGAGACGGAGGAGCUCACGCGGCUCGUUGAUGGCAUCUACAAGAAUAUCCUGGACAAGUUCAAUCCAGGAGCAAGGCAGCUGAUCAACGCUGGAAAAGCUUACCUCAAGGCACUUCAUGGAGCAGCAGCAGCAUCUAGAGUCUACGUGGAUGCCCUUUCUAGACUUGCACGACAAGCACAGUUGGGCACCUGGGGUGGCUCACAGGAUGUUGGAUCAGCUUUGAUGAGGAUCGUUGAAGUCUAUAAGGAGAUUCAGGAACAGGAAAUGAAUAUUUUAAAAGCUUUUUAUGUUGAUCUUCUGGUACCGUUGGAAACCAAUUUAGAGAAAGAUACAAAGGUAGUUCAAAGUGAACAGAAAAAAUUCCUUCAACAGCAUAAAACCAGGUCUGAGACCUACAGCAAAGCAGCAGCAACCAUGAAGAAACAGAGAAAAAAAUCCAGGGGUGCUAGUAAAAGUGGUCUUGCGAUGGAUAAGGAAUUGAAGAACAUGCAAAUCCUAGAAGAAGAGAAAUCAAAACUUGAUGCUUUUUGUGAACAGAGUUUGAAAAAUGCCAUGACUCAAGAGCGAAGAAGGUAUGGGUUUGUCUUGGAACGGCAAUGUUCUCUAGCAAAGCACUAUGCAAGCUUUCAUGAGGUUGCUUUGGCAGCUCUUCAUCCUUCAGUGGACGAAUGGCGUGAGGUAGCAAAUACUCGCGAGUAUUUGCCUCAAUCUGUAGAGGACAUGUUCGCCUCGAGACUUCGGCAAGUUUCAUUCUGGCCAGAGGAUGAAGAAAAUGGGGGCUCUGAAUUGACCAUGAGUUCUCAGCUACGUAAGACAAGAAGUAUGGACAGCUCUUGCUUGGAACUUCGUCUUGGUCCACCACCAAGUCAUCCCCCUUCAUCCCUUCAACCUGGCGCGCCGCCACAUCUCUCUUCAGCACUUUCGAGGGCAAGGUCAGAGGCAAAUAUUCAUGCCUCAAGUUUGUCUCUCGAACCAGAAGCACCAGAAACUCCACCACGACCUAGAUCUAUGGCACCACCCUCACGUAAUAGCAUUGUUGGAAGUGCUGCCGGAUCCGGUGGUACGGGUAUCAACUCAGGAUGGGGUGAAGCAUCUUUAGCCCGUGCUCUUUUUGCUUAUCUUAGUUCUGGAGAGAAUCAACUUAGUUUCCUUGAGGGUGAUCUUAUCGCUUUGAUGGGUGAUCGUCAAAAGGGCUGGCAGUUUGGGGAAAACCUUCGCACUCAAAGUUCCGGGUGGUUUCCGCUGGCUUACACUGAGAUUUUUAUCGACGAUAGUAUGGGAUCGCCGAGUCACGGAGCAAACAAUGGUCGUUCACCGGAACCGAGGGCGAUGCCACCUUGUAAACCACCACCGUCGCGUCCUCCACCAACGAUUGACGAGCUUAGCAAUGGAGGCAGUGGCAACACUACUAACAACAACGUCGGCAAUGUUAACAUGAAUAGUAGCACACCCACAAAUGUUCCAAAAAGCCAUAGUUCCCACAACGUCGCCACCCCUACGGGACGUCAGCCAAAAUCUUUAUAUUUGCAGAUCCGUCCAUCUGGAACAAUGCCUUCAUUAUUAGCAGCAGGUCGAAGAGUUCAACCUCCAGUUCCACCAGUGCCACCACCUCAAGGCGUUACAUCAUUGCAUAGUAGCAACGAUAGUGGCUUCUCAAAUGAGCCACCGGUUCAACCAGAUAUUGAUUACAGCGAUGAUGAAGCCAUGAGACAACGACGUCGAAAGACCCGUGGGGAACGUCUAGAGGCGGCAGAAAGAGCGAAGCAACAGAGCCAACACACACAUCAAGAGAUUGAAGAGAAAAGCAAAGACUGGGAGAAUGAUUCAUGGAAGACAAUCCCAAGGGAUGAAAAGAGCUGGCAGAUGUAUAGAACAGCAAUGGACUUGUGGUCAGAGUCGAAGAGUCAUCAGAGUGUUGAGAAGAGAGACCUCGAGGGAAGAUACGGGCCUGUGAAUGGUAGGCGAAGCGGUGACAACCAAGAAGCACAAAGCAAAGACUAUUCUCGUCGUUCUGAGUACGAUCUAAAGGAUAAGAGAGACAGGAAAAGUGAAUCCGGCAGGAAAACUGAAUAUACUCAGCCACGAGGAAAGGGAGAAGCUGAACGAAAUGGUCGGUAUGUUAAUGGAAAUGAUCGUCAGCGAGAAUCUAACCGGAGGAGUCUGGAAGAGCGUCGAGAAUGUUCAAAGCGUGGUGGAAGAGACGAUGAAGAGUCGGAAGAUGAGGAACGAGAAGUUAUUAUUAAUGAAGACGAUGAUAAUUAUGAUACUAAUGAGUACUCAAGCAAGUACGGUGGUAAAAAAUAUUACGACAAUCAUUCUAAUGAUAGUGAGACUCGUCGUUAUCAUCAGGAACGUGAUGAUCAUAAAUAUAAGAAUGAAAAAAGUGAAUCUGUCUCAUCCACUUCUGAUUCUGAGGAUGCUAGUACUAUAACUAUACCUGAAACGGGUAGGAAGGUUGAACAUAUUGCUCAAAAGCUUGAACAAACAGCUCAGAAAUACGCUAGGGAGCAUAGUCCCCCUAAAUUUGCAGAUCGUAGAAGGGAAGAAUAUCGUAAGAGUUUGGAACGUGAAGAAAAGCCGUCGAAUUAUGAUAAAUAUGAGCGGGAAACACGAAGUAUGCCGAGAUUCGAUCGAGAACGUUAUCAAGAGAAGAACCAAAGUGGAUAUGAACGUGAAAGAACCUUUGAAAAAAAUCCAGAUCGUAAAAAAAAUGAACGCAGUUCAAAUAGACGCUUUGAAAGACCUAAGCCACCUUUUGAAGAAGCUCCGGAUAUUCCAAGAGAGAGACCAACUAGAGAAAGACGUUAUUCAGAGAAAGAAGAAAUUUAUGGAGAAACUACUCGCUUCUCUCGGCGUCCUGGGACUCUGGAAAAAGAUCGUGGCUACGAGUCUAAUUUUGAAACCAAGCUAGAACGUAAUAAAGUCCUAGAAAAAGUGGCAUAUGCAAAGAGUGAUAUUGCUAUUGACGACUCUAGAGGUAAUAAAAAUGCUACAAGAAGUCCUGUGAGGAACGAUACGAAUAAUAAUACUCUCAAGAAUGAUAAACAUAUGUUGGUGAAGUCUAAUACAAGUCCAGGUCAAUUAAUUCAGUCUGGAAAAAAUUUUGAUGUUGACAUAAAAAGUCCUAAGUUGAUAAAACGUACAAAAUCAUUUUGGAGAUUCAGACGAGAUUCAGAAGUACUUGAAGGAAUGGCUUUAUGGCAACAUCGUUCUCUUGUCGACAUUCCGAAAAUGAUUAAGAGAGAAUCGAAAGAGGAAAGAGUUCAGGAUGAUGCCAAUGUUUCCAGGAAAUCUAGUCCUGAUAACAAUUCAGGAUCUGGUCGAAGUGCUUCCAAGGAUUCUAGAAGUAGUGAUAAUACUAUUACGAAUGAUCAUAAUCCUCGUCAUUCACGACAGGAUCCAAAACCAGCAGAAAGAACUUUAACAUCCGAUAAAGGAGAUUACUUUGAUGACUUUCCAACUCCUGCUGAACGUCCAAAAGCAGUUGAGAGAACUGAGUAUAGGAUCCAGAGAGAAGAGAGGUCUUAUUUUGUUGGGAAUAUUUCGAGAAAAGCUAUUCUUGAGAAGGAACGCAAACGUAGUUUAGAAGCUAAGAGGAGUAUGGUCGUAGCUGAGUUGAAGGAGAACAAUGAAGCGAAGAAAGGCGAACACCGCAACAAGUCCUACGGCGAUGACGACGAUGGAUUGAUUCAAAACUUCUCAGAAACUGAAGCAUCCGAUGAAGAAUCAACGUAUAGCUGCAUAGUUGAGAAAGACCAACAAAUUUCUGAGAAGACGCUCUUACCUAGAACUAAAUUGAGAAGAGAAAGUGAUCGAGAGAAGAAUACUUGUGGUCCUUGGUAUGAUCUAUGGGGUGCUGAUGCUUCAGUUAACAUGAAGAAACAAAAAUAAAUAUACAACAUCACAAUAUUAAUAUUUUAAUUUAUAAUUAUUUUUUAUUCAUUUCAUUAUUUUUUGAUGGUUUUUGUUGUCUUUUAAGUUGUUUAAGUCAUAAAUUUUUGUUAAAAUCCAUUAUCCUCAUCAUGUGUAGAUGUUGAGUGAUGCAAUAGUCUUAAAUAGUGUCGGCUAGGUUGAGAAAAAAAUUUAUUAUUCAAUCUUAGAGAAUAUUAUAUGGCUUUCCAUUUGAAAUAAAUCCUUAGAAUGAAUGAAAUAUAAAAUCAGUUACUAUCACAUCAUCUGAUAAGCUAUAUAAUUUUUUUCUCAAUGUAAAAUGCACUGGAAAGCUACUGUAAAAGUUUAAAAAGCUUGCAUUUGUACGUCAUCAGGACUGUAAUAACAAUAAGAUCAUGUAAUUAACAUAUAGUUCUUUCAGAAACAAUGCAUUUGCGACGGUAAAAUUGCGGAAAACUAAAACCAACGAUCGCUCAGCACCUGCACUGUGAUGAGAAGUAGAGGUAUUACUUACCAGAAGACUCCUCUGUCUCUUUAAAAGAGAUAGAUGGACGUUUUUUUUUCGUUCUCUUAUGGUUAGAAGUAAAGAGAGGAUUUUUCUACAAUGAUGGUACGAAUAUCCGUCCAGCAAAUGCACGAAUGUGGAUUUUCCUGGAACCGGGAAGAGGGAUUUGAUCAUCUUAUGGUGAAUGUCUGACCCUAGCCAGGUUCUUUGUGACGUCGUUAUGCUGUCAUUUCGGUAGACAGUUGGAGAAAAUGUUAAAGUAAGAAAAAGAGAGAGAGAUUGAGUAAUAUUUUGGAGACAUCUACUACUUGGCUUACGACCAACCUCGCGAAUUUUAUUAGCAUUCUUGGAAUUUUUCUAUCUAGAAUUGUGCGAGCCAAAAUACAUCAGAUAAAUUCAAAGACAACACAAUACAGUAUCUUUUCACAAAAAAUUCCAAUUUCCAUUUUUUCAUGUGAAAUAUACAAAUAAAAAGAGCUCUAUAGUAAAUAGGAACUAUCAAAUAUUUUUUUAGAGUCUCGGAAAUAAAAUGAAAAAUUUCCAAUAUAAUAAAAACAUUCGAUAGUGUUA